AUGGAUGGAAACCUGCUGGAUCAGCUUACUGAGUUGAGGGAGUACGGCCAGUCAGACCGGCUCGCCGCCACAGUUCGAUCAGUAAUGUCGUUGGUGCAGAAUAGUGGAGGUGGCGGCCACUCGGCGAGAGUUGUAAGGCAAGUAAGAACCAUCGCCGCUAACGGCUCGAACUGGGGGUGGCGCGGCGUGUUGCGAGAGUUGCUUUAG